AUGGGUGAGGAGGAAAUCAAGUGUGUGUCGGCACACCUUAUUGAUGGAGAUGGUAAUAUCGACGAGAAAGGCUUGAUUGAGUUCUCCGAGUUAACCAGCCUUAGUAAAUCGGGACUCAAUUAUACCACUGUUGCUAUUAUGGGCCCACAAAGUAGCGGGAAAAGUACUCUACUGAAUCAUCUAUUUAAAUCCAAUUUUAGAAUGAUGGAUGCCGAGAAGGGCAGAACUCAAACAACACAUGGAAUUUGGCUCGCAAAAUCUCCUAUACUUGAUCGAUGCACUAUUAUCAUGGAUUUGGAGGGUAGCAACGGAAGAGAGCAAGGAGAUGACCAUAACUUCCAAAUGAAGAUUGCACUCUUUUCCCUAUGUCUCUCCGACAUAGUUUUGAUUAAUACGUGGUUUCAAGAUGUUGGACGUGAUAAAUCUGCUAACAAACCAUUAUUAAGAAUUAUAUUUCAGACCCCUCUCGUAUUGCUUUCGGCUAGCCUAUUGAAAGACACUUUGGAGAUAUGGAAUAAUUUUCCCAAGCCAAAAGAUAAACAGGACGCUUCAUUUUACGAUUACUUCGUUCUUGAUGUGGUGGGGUUAUCUCACUAUCAGUAUGCCAAAGAUAAAUUCAUAGAAGAUGUGAACGAAUUAAGGAAGCGAUUCUCUUCUCCGUCCGAGGCAUCCUUACAGACUAAACCUUUAGUUCCCGCCGUCGACUUUGUUAGGAGCACAUCCGAGAUAUGGGAUAGAGUUGUUAACGAUAAAGCUCUCGACAUUCCUUCUCACAAGGUGAUGAUUGCUAAAGUUAGAUGUGAACAAAUUAACAAUGAUAAAUUUAAUGCGUUCGUUACUAAUGAGGAAUGGUCUCAACUGAAAGUAACAACAGUUAAUAUUCCUCCAGUGUCAUGUUUUGGCAUAAAAAUUACUUCAAUGGUUGACAAAUGUUUAGCCGAAUACGACGAAGAAGCCGAAUUUUAUGAUGAAGUUGUUAAGGCGGACCAUAGAGAAAAACUAAAACAACGUUUGUUGCAAGUGACGAUCGCUAAAGUUAGAUGUGAAGAAAUUGACAAUGAUAAAUUUAAUGGGUUUAUUGCUAACGAGGAAUGGUCUCAACUGAAAGUAGCAGUUAAUAGUCCUCCAGUGCCAUGUUUUGGCAUAAAAGUUACUUCAAUGGUUGACAAAUGUUUAGCCGAAUACAAUAAAGAAACCGAAUUUUAUGAUGAAAUGGUUAAGGUGGACCAUAGAGAAAAACUAAAACAACGUUUGUUACAAGAAAUCAAACCGAUACUUGGGUCCCUAAUGGACAACAUAUCUUCCCAAGCUCUAGAUGCCUUUAAAUUUAUCCUAAACAAAGAUUUGAAUGGAGGGAAAAAAUUUCGUGAGAUUGCAGAUUGGUCUUACAUACUGGUGAAAUUUGAUUCUGAUUACAAAGAUUCAAAGAUUGAACAAUCAGAAUGGACAUCUACAAAAGUAAGAGAUAAGUUGGUGUCUCAACUAAGCUGUUACGUAAAUUGCAUUAGGCCAAUUAUACAAAAUGAGCUGACAAAUCAAGUUAAGUUGAAACUAGAGGGUGAAUUGACUGAAUCUAUGCGAGCUAUUCUGAACAAACCUGGAAAUAAUAUGUGGGUCAAUCUUCGAGAUCUCUUUCGACGCGAGACAGAGUCAGCUUGCUCUGAGUUUAGGGUUGGCCUCGAGGACUUGGGCACAAAUAUUGACACUGCUAAGGUAGAAGCAGAAGCAGGUGAAAUGCUGAAGGAAUAUGGAAGAGAUAUAAUUGAGAAAAGUGUGAGAAAAGAAUCUGAUAACCUUCUACGGGUCAUGCAUCAAAAGUUUUGUUAUAUCCUCUUAAAUGAACCGGACUCGGAUAUUCCACGAUCUUGGAAAGGAAGUGACAAGAUCCAGGUCAUUGUUAAGACAGCUCGAGUUGAGUGUAUAAAUAUUAUGUCUGUUAUGGCAAUAAUGCGUUUGGACAUUAAUAAAGAAAGUGACCACAUUCAACAAAUUCUCCAUAAUGCUUUACUAGAAGAAGGUGGAGAGGGUAGUCUAUUUUCUAAUAAUUGGAAUGGGGUGGAAGCAUCGAAGACCUUGAUGAGCCCAGCUGCUUGUGCAACUAUUUGGGAUCAAUUUCUAAAAUCCACCGGCAUUAUCAUUGCUUCUGUCAAUCAAGCUAUUCAAGCAAGGAUUGAUGCUGAUAAUAAUCAGUGUUUUGGCUUCCUUUUAUAUGGGAAAUAUGUCAACGGUCAUAUUUCUCUUUUUGAGCUGAUUGGUCACAGUGUUCUUCAGCCGGUUUGUGAGGCUCCAGACGGUCUAUCCAAUUCGAUCUGUUCCUGCACAUAG